CGAAAACCUCAAACACGGACAUCAAGGUUGCGGAGGACCACGGCAGCAGCGGCGACAGCAGCGCAGCAACCAAUUGAAGUGGGCUGACAGCGAGCUGCUGCGCGACACAAUGCCUCACUCAGAGUCCGACCGCCCAUCAACCAAACGCCAGAAGCUCGAUGGGGUUGUCAAGGCGCCCCCGGCGGCCAAACGCGGCUCAACCAUCUUCGCGCCGUUCCGGACCAUCGGCCUAGUGUCCCCUACCGCCGUGCCCUUCUCGUCGAUCCCCCUCGGCAAGACCACCUUCCAGAUCACCACCUCCGUCGGGCGCGCCCUGCAGACGUACGACCUAAAGCGCGGCCUCAACCUCGUCUUCGUCACUCGCCCCCAGACGCCCGCCGACAUCACCGCCACCCAUGCGUGGAAGGAGAAGGUCUAUGCCGCCUGGGGCGACCCGCGCUCCGGCGAGCCCCAAGGUCUGUGGGCCUUCCAGCGCGGCAAGAAGGCUGCCGAACUGCCGCUGCCCGCCGACCUGGACCAGCCCAUCAAGCAGAUCCUGAUCUUUGGCUCGUGGAUCGUCGCCUGCGCGCUGACGAGGAUCGAGGUGUUCAAGUCGGCCACAUUGGAGCACUACACGACCAUCUUCACCGCCGCCGCCAAGAAGGGCGACAACGAGAUCACGGGCGGCGUCUGCAACAUGCCCACCUUCCUUAACAAGAUCUUUGUCGGCCGCAAGGACGGCUGGGUCGAGAUCUGGAAUGUCAGCACGGGCAAGCUGAUCUACACCAUCCUUCCGCCAUCCCGAGAGUGCGGCGCCGUGACCUGUCUCCAGCCCAGUACGGCCCUGUCGCUGCUGGCCAUUGCCUACUCCGAGGGCCCCCUCGUCAUCCAAAACGUGCUCACGGACAAGCCGGUGUUGCAAUUGAUGGCGGGGACCGAAGAUGCCCCGGUUACGUGCGUAUCGUUUCGCAGCGACGGUCAAGGAGCCGGUCAGGACGGCAGGAAAGACGGUGUCAUGGCAACGGCGACAAGUGUCAGCGGCGACGUUACCUUCUGGGAUCUCAACAAGGGCGGGCGAAUCAUGGGCGUUCUCCGAGGCGCGCACAACCCGCCUUCGCACAACAAGGACGUUCGAGGAGGUGUCAGCAAGAUCGAGUUCCUGCCGGGGCAGCCCGUCAUUGUCACGAGCGGCCUCGACAACUCGCUCAAGUCGUGGAUAUUUGACGAAUCGCCGUUCUCGCCGAUCCCGCGCAUCUUGCACAUGCGGAGCGGCCACGCGGCUCCUGUCCGCUGUCUGCAGUUCCUACCCUCUGACUUCGACGGUGCGGAGGGCGGCAACAAGUGGCUGCUCAGCGGUGGCCGCGACAGGAGUUUGUGGGGCUGGAGUCUGCGCCGUGAUGGUCAGAGCACCGAGCUCAGCCAGGGCGCUAUCCGCAAGAAGGCCAGGAAGAUGGGCCUGCUGGCUGCCGGUUCGCUCUCGCACGGGCCGACCACGACGUUGGACGAUCUCAAGGCGCCGGAAAUUACCUGCAUCGCGUCUUCGCUUAACCGCGACGGCGGCAUCGGCGCCAUACCGGGGAAGCAAAUGAUUUGGGAUAAGGGCAACGACAAAAAUAAGCCCACCAGCGCCGAGCUUAGCGGCGCGACGGGCUGGGAGAGUGUCGUCACGGCCCACAAAGACGAUCCCUGGGCGCGUACCUGGUUCUGGGGCAGGAAAAGAGCUGGCCGGUGGGCUUUCAAGACGGGCGACGGGGAGAGCGUGUCGACGGUCGCCAUGAGCUCGUGCGGCAGUUUCGCCCUGGUCGGCUCCGCUGGGGGCAGCAUCGACAUGUACAAUCUGCAGUCUGGACGCCAUCGCCAACGGUUCCCAUCGAGACUCACGCCGGCGCAGCUGCGGCAGCUGAAAAUGCAGCAGCUGAAGGCGCUGGAUGAAGUCAACAAACUGCAGACGCACUCCAAGCCUACGUUCGCUCCAGGCACCGGGAGGCACUCCAAGGCGGUGACAGGCAUUGUCGUCGACCCGCUCAACAGGACCGUCAUCUCGUGCUCGCUUGACGGCAAGAUCAAGUUCUGGGACUUCGUCACGGGCAACCUCGUCGACGAGAUCGACUGGGCGCCCAUGACCAAGAUCACCGCCUGCCGCUACCACCCAGGCAACGACCUUAUCGCCUUUGCUUGCGACGACCACUCGAUCCGGGUAGUUGAUGUGGAAACCAAACAGACCAUCCGCGAGCUCUGGGGCUGCCGCGGGGACAUCAACGACUUUUGCUUCUCGAACGAUGGGAGGUGGAUCAUCGCCGCCUCGCAGGACUCCGUCAUCCGCGUCUGGGACCUGCCCACAAGCCACUUGAUCGAUGCGUUCCGGCUGGAGAAACCCUGCACGGCUCUCGCCUUCUCCGCCACCGGCGAGUACCUCGCCGGGGCGGUCGAGGGCGAUCUCGGCGUGCAAAUCUGGACGAACAGGACGCUCUUCAAGCACGUCCCGACCCGGCAGAUUUCCGAUAAAGAGAUAGGCCAGGUCGCCGCGCCCACAGCGUCCGGUGAAGGCGGGCAGGGCCUGAUCGAAGCCGCGUUUGAGGCAGAGGCCGAGGAGCAACCCGAAGACGACGGCGUCACGGCGCCGGUGAUCGACCAGCUCUCGUCCGACAUGAUGACGCUCAGCCUGGUGCCCAAGAGCCGCUGGCAGACGCUGCUGCACAUCGACCUGAUCAAGGCGCGGAACAAGCCCAAGGAGCCGCCCAAGGCGCCCGAGAAGGCGCCGUUCUUCCUCCCCUCGUUGGGAGGGCCCAAUCCCCUGGUCCCUCCUCCCGCGGCAGACUCCAAGGACAAGCAAGAAGGAAAGAGCGCGAGCGGCGCGUCCAGGAUAACGCAGCUCGACCGCACGCGGAACCAGCAGGCCUUGACGUCCAAACUCUUGGCCUGCGGCGCGUCAGGAGACUACACGCCCUUCAUAGAGCACCUCAAAUCCCUCCCGCCGUCGGCGGCCGACCUGGAGCUGCGCUCGCUAUCGCCCGGCAACGGCGACGACGACCCCGCCACCAACGAGCUGCUGCACUUCGUCCGCGCGCUGACCGCCCGCCUGGCCGCCCGCCGCGACUACGAGCUGACGCAGGCCUGGAUGGCCGUCUUCCUGCGCCUGCACUUCGACCUGGUCGUGGCCAGCCCGCCGCUGCUGGCGGCGCUGCGCGAGUGGAGGGCGCUGCAGGCCCGGGAGCGCGAUAGGCUCGAUGAGCUGCUCGGGUAUUGUGGCGGGGUGGUCGGGUUUUUGAGGAGUCCUAGGACGUAGGUAAUGAGGACGUGUGUUGUUGUGCUGUUACUGCUGGUACUUGCUGUGUGGGUUGUGGGGUUGUGGGAGAUGUCGGGUUGGUUUGGUGGGAUAGUUGGCGGGUUUCUAAAAUAAGGGAGUCUAUUGCGAGCAAAGCGUCUGGGGUAACUACCUAGCUAUCUCUCGCUCCCUUGUCUGGGGUAACUACCUAGCUAUCUCUCGCUCCCUUGAAGUGAGGCGGCGUCGUCGAAG